GCAUUCUGGGUAAUUCGCUGUUUACUUCCUGCGAGUGAGGAGGCUUUGGGAGAAGCUUUAGCUGCAGUUCUUCUUAUCCGAGAAGAUGGCCCUGGAGACGGUGCCGAAGGACCUGCGGCAUCUGCGGGCUUGUUUGCUGUGUUCGCUGGUCAAGACUAUAGAUCAGUUUGAAUAUGACGGCUGUGACAAUUGUGAUGCGUACCUACAAAUGAAGGGUAACCGAGAGAUGGUAUAUGAUUGCACCAGCUCUUCCUUUGAUGGAAUCAUCGCAAUGAUGAGUCCAGAGGACAGCUGGGUCUCCAAGUGGCAGCGAGUCAGUAACUUUAAGCCAGGUGUCUAUGCUGUGUCAGUCACUGGUCGCCUGCCUCAAGAGCUGUUUCUUCUGCUGCCACAGGAAUCGUGCGGGAGCUGAAGAGUCGAGGAGUGGCCUACAAAUCCAGAGACACAGCUAUAAAGACCUAGCAAGAUGCAGGAUUGCCAGCAUCUUUGCAUCCCGUCUCCUGCCUCUGCCUGUUUUUCUCGUGGAACUAAACAAGCAGAACUUCAAAUCCUCCCAACCCUCCAACUCUGAGACUCAGCAGACUGUUAAAAGAGCAGCACAGCGGAUCCUUGGACCGUUUUACCUUCUUUGGACUACUGGCAGAGGGGUAGGGGUUUGUGUUGAUGGAUUAACAGAGACUGAAUUGAGGAGGGAGUAGGAUGCUGGUUUUCCUACCCACAGCCCAGGCCUGCUCUUUUGCCCGUGGGCAGGACUCUGUGGAUCGGAUGUCAAUAAACAUGAGCCCCUCGGAACGUUCUUAAGCUGUGACACUUGCCUUGCUUCCCGCUCCCUUUCUCUUGCCUGGGCACAGAAGUCUCACUGCUUGCCCUGUAAGUACCCUCCCAGAGCAGCAGAGGUCUGCUCCCUGUUGCCAGUCUCUGAGCCCCAGGGUUGUAGCCUCUAUUGUGCUUCCUUGGGUCUCAUUGGAAGGUAGCUGUCCUGAGCUAGUAACCUCAUCAGCCUGGUAGGCCUGGUGUCUAGCAGUUGUAACCUUUCUACCUUCUAGACCUGGCUGAGCAGGUGUCCCUUGAAGAAAUCCUGAGGCUUUUUAGUGCCCUUUGUCCCUUGACCAUGUCUAUUCUUUUUCUCCUCAGCUUUCUUUUUACUUCUCUUCCUAUACCUUAGCCAGCAGUAGCACCCAUGGCCCUCCCCAGUUACCCCCAUUUCCUAGUUCCCUAAUUGGAGACCCUCAACCCUUAGUUGGAUGCUGGGUCUUGGUCAGGUUUGUUCGUGUAGCAGCCUUAGGGAAUGUCACAUUAUUGGCCAAGGUGAGUUACUUGUUCUGAAAUAAAAAAUUUGCUGUAAUUUUUCAUUUAAAUUUCUACAAAAUUCUCAGUAUGCCCAUUUUGAUUUCUCUAAGUUUCUUGUUUUUCAUCUGUAAAAUGAGGAUGAUUACACCCUGCCCAGUUACCUCAGGGUUGUAAUUAUACAAAUUAAGCAAUGUGAAAAUUCUUAAGUCACAAAAAGUAAAAUUCAUUUUUCUCUCCUUUUAUAUAUAUAUAUAGUCAACCAAAAUAGUAGGGGGGAAAUAUGCCCGGAACCACAACAGCAUGAGUUCUGACUCAUUCGCAGAGGUCCCUGCACUAGGGCUUUUUUUCCACCUGGUGUUGCUAGUGAGUCGGUUUCUCUUGUUACCUGUGGCCCAGAGUGUGUGGGGAAGAGAGAGAAGCUGACUCUAGUGCCCCCUCACCUGCUUUCAUGGGAAGGAAGCUGGGACUGGCCCAGGCUGCUAAUACUGUUGCUCACGGGUCCUUCUCCAACCAGCACCAUUUUCUCUGGUGCCUUUAAGCUCCGUUAACCCCAGUUUCAAACUGAUUUUCUCAGCUCAGCAAACUCUGAAAGAGC